UCGGAACAUUCAUUCACGAUGUUUGGUCUGCUUUGUCUUUCUGUUUUAUUUGCAACACACUUCAAAGUGGAAUCUCUGGAAUGCUCGUCCGACAAAAGAUGUAGAUGUGAAAUCUAUCAAGGACAACUGUGGGCAAAUUGUGAGAACCUUAAUCUCACAACGACACCGUCUUUCAACAAUGACGUCACAGGAAUAAAUCUUGCAAGAAACAGCCUUUCGAAGUUUCCGGAAAACCUUCCUAGCAGAAUAUUGUAUUUAGAUGUAUCUGAAAACAUACUGCAAAAAAUGCAUUUAGAGUCACUGGGAAAAUAUAUCGACCUGAGAAAUUUAAGUGUCUCUAGCAAUAAACUUAGAUCGAUUGAGCUUGGUGCUUUUGAGAACUCCAAGAAUAUGCUACAUCUUGAUAUUUCAAGUAAUCAGGAAUUGACUUUAGAAGUUAUUGUUAAUGUAUCGAGUGACUUACAAAAUUCUACUUCAAUUCGAGUUCUAAAUUUUGAAAAAUUACAAUGCACCUAUGGAGUUAGCUUUAAUCUAAUGAAAUAUCAUACUGUUUAUCUCAAGCACACAAAGCUCGAGAAACUGAAUUUGGCGUCAAAUCGCAUCAACAGUCUUGAAACAGGAGUUCUUACAGAAUUACCAAAGUCCCUCAAACAUCUAAAUCUGGCGAAUAACAUUCUGAGUUUUGGAUUUUAUUUGGCUGAGUUUGGCGAUUUGCCCAAUGUAGUCAGUAUAAAUGUGAGUUUUCAAGCUUCUUUCCGUCAGUUGCUAACAACAGAAUUUUUGAUAAACUGUAAUGAUACCAGAGCAGUCGGCAAUAGGCUUGCAGAACCUAAUGAUAUUUUAGCAAGGAGCCCUAAAUUAUCAUUAUCCUUGAAAAGAAAUUUCAAUAUAAGUAUAUAUUUGCCACGAAAUCUUAAAAGCCUUUAUUUCCACGACAAUUUGUACAAAUUUACCCUACAGGAUUAUGUUUUCAAGAUGGCCCAAAAGCUGACACAUCUCUACAUGCAAAACAAUAUCAUCUACGAAUUGAACGGUCCUAUAAUUGGAUUCGAAAGUGUGGAAUAUAUAGAUUUCUCCAAUAAUUUCUGCGGUUAUAUCUCACCGAAUUUCUUUCGGUAUUUUAGAAAUUUAUCUUACCUCAACCUCUCCCAUAAUGCAUUGGGUGAAACUUUAGAAAUGGAUGAGAAUGGAGAAAUUUUUCAAUAUCUUCGUAUGUUGACCACUUUGGAUUUAACUAGGAACAGAAUUGUUUCUCUUUCGGAUACAAUUUUCCGUAAUCUGAAUAAAUUGAAAAAUCUUGACGUGAGUUAUAAUUCAUUGAAUAAGUUUUCAAUACCUAUAAAUCAUAUGACAAAUCUCUCAAAUUUAGACCUCUCAAAUAAUCAGUUAACGUGUUUGGAUGCGGACACAAGAAACGCAUUAGAUUCGAUUUCACAAAGGAGAGAAAUUUCAGUGAAUUUGAGAGAAAACAGAUUAAGAUGUGAUUGUGAAAACUUAGAAUUCAUCAAGUGGAUGCACUUUUCUAAAAAUGUAAAAUUUCUAUGUUUCUAUAAUUAUUCCUGUGUUUUUUUAAAUUCAUCAAAGAUGCAUUUUUCGGACAUUGAAAAUUUACUUCAGACUUUGGAGAAACAAUGUUUUUCUUAUACUCUUCUUAUCGUGAUUAUGACGUCAUUAAUAAUCGUUGCCUUGACAACCGCUGUCAGUCGCAUUCUUUAUAGAUACAGGUGGAAAUUAAGAUACAUGUAUUAUGUGGCAAGGGAAAAGUACAAAGACGACGAAUUAUGUAAUCGCAAAACUCGUGGAAAAGAAUAUCACUUUGAUGCCUUUGUGUCGUAUGCUGAAAGUGACCGACAGUUUGUUAUUUCCCUUGUGAAAUUCCUGGAAGAUCAAAGCAACUUGAGGCUGUGUAUACAUCAUCGUGAUUUUAUUCCAGGGACAGGAAUUGAAGAUAACAUCACAAACGCCAUUCAUAACAGCAGACAAACUAUUUGCAUUAUGACGUCGCAGUUUUUAGAAUCAUACUGGUGUAUGUUUGAACUGAACAUGGCUCGAAUGGAAUCUAUAUAUUCCCGAAAUGGUGAAAAUGUUCUUUUUCUAGUGGCUCUAGAGGAAAGCGCAAUGAGAAAAUUGCCGCUGUCUUUAAUGGACCUGAUAGAAUCAAAAUCAUAUUUAGAAUUCCCGGAGGGAGGGGACAAGGAGGAAGUAACAGCCUUCAGAUCGAACUUAAAGAGGCACUUAAAUCGUAGGAGAACGGCUUUAGAUUCCUAAAUGUUUCUGAGUAGUAAAAUUGUAAUCCAAAAGACAAAAAUUGAAAAUAAAAGUAAA